AUGUUAAAAAAUAUAAUUAAGGUCUCCAAUCAUAAUAUUAAAACAAAUAAUUUAUUAUUCAAAUCCUAUUUUUCAACAAAUAACAAUGCAUCAUCACCGUGCAACAAUAUAAAUAUUAACAAUAAUAAUAUCAAUAAUAAUAUUAAUAAUAAUAAUAAUAUUUUUUUUGAAAAUACAAUAGAAAUUAAAAAUUUACCAUCCAAUAUAACAACAAAAGAUAUUUGGAACGAAUUUAAACAUUCAAAUAUCUCACCCAAUAAUAUCAAAUCAAUUUUUGACGGAGAAAAUGGUUUUUUUUAUGUUUCAUUUCAAAACUCAAAUGACUAUUCAAAAGCACUCAAAAAAAGUAUUUUAAGAAUCGAAAAUCAAGCAUAUCCAAUUCUCCCAAUAAUAAAUAAUAACUUGUUCUCUUUAGGAAAUAAUAGUAUUAAUAUAAGAAAUAAUAAUAAUAAUAAUAAUAAUAAUAAUGGCAAUAGUAUAAACACAAUAACCCAAGAAUCACAAGAACAAAAAAUAUCAUAUUUAAAUCGAACAGCUGUUACUGAUCAUUUAUGGAGAGCGAGAGAAAACAAAAAGAUUGACCCAAAUUUAAAAACGGUACCAACAUUAGUAACAAAGACACCAUCAGACAGCUAUACCGAGGUGGAUCUUUUAUUUAGUUCAGAUUUAGCACUUAGAGAAAUGUAUUUAUCGCCAUUUGGUCAUUUAAGAAUGGGUAGAUUAUUAGAAGAUUUAGACGCUUUAGCUGCCCAUGUUUCAUUUAAACAUGCCGAAAAUGAAGGCGAUGGAUUUAAAAAAAUUAUUGUUACAGCAAGUGUAGAUAAAAUUAGACUACUUAGACCACUUAUUCCAGAUAGGGAUCUUAAAUUAGAGGGUAGAGUAACCUGGGUCGGUAAUACAUCAAUGGAAAUUAUGAUCAAAGUGCGUUCUAAAAACCCAGAAACUCUUAUAUGGGAACCAGUACUCGUUGCCUACUUUUCAAUGGUUGCUCGUGAUCCCCUUUUAAACAAAUCCACCCCUGUAAACCAUUUAGCUGUUAAAUCAAUUCAGGAAAAGAAACUCUUUGACGAAGCCAAAAAACAUAAACAAAUUCGUUUAAAUAACCAACAAAUCUCUUUAGAAAAGACUGUACCAAACCCAUCAGAAUUACAAACCAUUCAUCAUUUCUUCCAAAUUGCCAAGCAACCUCAAUUCACUGAUGACCUACACUUAAUUCCAAUGAAAUCUACUGUUAUUCAUUCUGUAAUCCUUUGCCAACCACAAGAAAAGAAUAUCAACGGCUCAAUUUUUGGUGGCUAUUUAAUGAGACAAGGUUUCCAAAUUGCCUAUAGUUGUGUAUCAUUGAAAUUUAAUGAGUCCCUACCAAGAUUUAUUGCCAUGGAUGAUAUUUCAUUCCUUUUACCUGUAGAAAUUGGUGAUAUUUUAUCAUUAGAAUCAAUGAUAGUUUAUUCAUGUCCAAUUCAAUCUCAAACCAAAGCCUACUAUGCUCAAGUCGAAGUUAAAGCAUAUGUAACAAACCCAUUAAUUGGUGAAAAGAAACUUUCUAAUAUAUUUAACUUUACCUUCCUUUGCUCACCAUCUAAAAAAGCAUUACAAGACGACAAUGCAACAAACAACAAUAUAGCUACAAAAACCAAACAAAUUUUACCACAAACAUACGAAGAAGCAAUGAUUUUCUUAUCUGGUAAAAGAAUCGUUGAUAGACAAAUCGAAAGCUCCAAAGAUAAUGAAUCUUGGUUAGAUGACCAAAUUGAUAUUUAA